CGAAGCCAUUGUCACCCGGUAGAAUCUGCACGUUGCUUCGACAGGGCAACUCCUAUUUUCAACGUCUUUUUGUCCAGUGUUUCCAUUUAAUCAAGUCGUUCCUAAAUUUCUCAGUAAAAUGGCGAUGCACGUACCCAAACCACCCGGCUUCCAGCAAAUGAUGAAGGAGGGUUCGCGGAUGUUUCAAGGUUUAGAAGAAGCAGUUAUCAGGAACAUUGGAGCUUGCAAGCAGUUAGCGGAAACUGUGCAGACAGCAUAUGGUCCUAUUGGGAUGAACAAAAUGGUAAUCAAUCAUUUGGGAAAACUCUUUGUGACAAAUGAUGCUGCAACUAUCAUCAGGGAACUUGAAGUUGAACAUCCAGCUGCCAAGAUGAUGAUCCUGGGUUCCCAAAUGCAAGAGCAAGAAGUUGGUGAUGGUACAAAUUUUGUCAUCAUUUUGGCUGGGGCUCUGUUAGAGCAAGCUGAAGCUCUUAUCCGAAUGGGCUUAACUCCCAAUGAAAUUGCCGAAGGCUAUGAAAAGGCUUUGGAGAAGGCGCUUGAAAUUCUGCCUAAUUUGGUUUGCCAAACUGUUGUGGAUGUUCAAGACUCGGACGUCAUUACCAAAGCCAUUAAAGCUGCUAUUAUGUCCAAGCAGUAUGGUAAUGAGUCAUUCUUGACUCCUCUGAUCACAGAAGCUUGUGUGGCCAUCUUGCCAGACAAGAAAACGACCUUCAACGUCGACAACGUACGUGUUUCAAAAAUUCUGGGUGGCAGUUUGUACCAAUCGCAAGUCGUUCAAGGGAUGGUCUUUAAGCGCCAAGUUGAGGGUGAUAUCACGCGGGCUGAGAAAGCCAAAAUCGCGGUCUACACUUGCCCCAUUGAUUCGGUACAAACUGAGACAAAGGGAACCGUUUUGAUUCAGUCUUCGAAGGAGCUAAUUGAUUUCUCACGCGGAGAAGAGAAUAUGCUGGAAAAGGAAAUUGCUGCUAUCGCAGCCACUGGCGUAAAAGUUAUCGUCUCUGGUGGCAAGAUCGGUGAUCUCUGCUUGCAUUACCUCAACAAGUACGGUAUUAUGGGUGUCCGUCUUCAAUCCAAAUUUGAUCUGCGUCGGCUGUGCAAGUCCAUCAAUGCAACUGCCCUUCCGCGCUUGACUCCACCGUCACCUGAGGAAAUGGGAUAUGCUGACAACAUUUACACCGAUGAGUUCGGAGAUACCGCGGUCGUCAUUUUUCGUCAAGAUGAGAAGGAGUCGCGUAUCGCUACUAUCAUUGUUCGUGGAGCUACCGACAACUUCCUAGACGACAUCGAGCGAGCUAUUGACGACGGGAUCAACAACUUUAAAGUCCUCUCGAGAGAUGGUCGUCUUGUACCCGGAGCCGGAGCGACGGAAGUUGAAUUGGCUAGGCAGAUUAACCAGUUUGCCGACAAGUGCCCUGGUUUGGAUCAGUAUGCCAUCCAGAAGUUCGCCCAAGCUUUGGAGACUUUUCCCCGAAUCUUGUCUGACAAUGCUGGACUCAAGACGACGGAGACAGUGGCCGAUUUGCUAGCGGCACACCAGGAAGGAAAAGCUAAUGCUGGCAUCUGCGUUGACGAUCAAGGAGGCUUGAUUGAUGCUGUCGAAAUCGGAGUGCUCGACCUGUUUGCGGCUAAAUAUUGGGGCAUGAAGUACGCAACCGCAGCAGCUUGUACCGUUCUUCGUGUGGAUCAGAUCAUCAUGGCCAAGAGGGCGGGUGGGCCGAAACCUCGUGAUGCUGGCGCACAAGAUGCCGAUGACGAUUAAAACGCUGUUUGAACAUUACGCUUUUUUUUUUCUUUCUCGCAUUCGCUGAGUUCCACAGUUGCAUUGCUAUCUCUUUGAACACUAACCACACUUUUUUGUCCAGCUUUGUUCGCGAAGUACAUUCAUAAAAACUA